UACAUAAAGAUAGACCUAGGAGCUAAGAUCGGCGGCGUUUUUUCAAUGAUGGACCCCUCCCAUGAUGUCUUCUUCAACGCAAGACCUAAAGAUCUUUCUUAUUUGAAGCAAAAAACCAAUAGCUUCUUCUUGGCCAUUUGCGAUGGUUUCAGCUGAAGCCUAAACGACGACCCCAUGAGCUCUGGUUCUUGAACAAAAUCCCAGAGCUUUAAGCAUCAGUCUCAUAGAUCUAGGGCAUCAGCGGCUUCUUCUUCCUCGACUGAACUCCAUCACCACCGUAAAUGGCCUGAAGCCGGCGACGGAGGUUUGUUUCGUCAAUGGUGUUUGUUUAAAGAUCGUGGAGAGUUCAUUUGAGGUUGUCGACUGAGUUUCAAGUUCAUCGUUCCAUUUAGUGUAACGUUUCUGUUGAGAUCGAGUCCUGUUAUAGCCCGUUCGUAGGUCACUAGCUCUAUUCAUUGGGUCUGUUCAGUUCCAUUCGAGAUUCCGGCGAGGUUUCGGCGCUGCUACAUUUUCUGUUCGAGUCCGUGUCUGAUUGGCCGAGCUUCGAAACAGUAUUGUAAAGCCCCUAGUUUCUAUAGGGGCGAUGUUGCACCUUCGCCACCGAGAAGUAAAUGACUGGUGGUGAAGAUGGAUGAUAAGGCAAAUCGUCAGUUCUGUCUCAAUUACUUUUUCGUCAAAACCGAGGACGUGGUGGCCAACGCGAGCGAAUUCCCUGAGACUUGGAAUUAUGCCCCCAAUACUACGCCCCCUCCUUUGGUCGGGGACAUUCAUGAUUGAGUUAGCCAGUUUUUGCCUCACACAAUGAGGAUUCGUGAAUGGCCAGCCUUUCUCAAGAGGUUCGGGCCUACGUCUUCCAUGACCGCUAGAGAACUUACCAGCAAUGGUUGCGGGUGUGUGGACGGAAGAUGGAAAUCUACAACUUGAGGCUACUACUCAGUUUCGGAAGCUGCUCUCGAUAGAAAGGAGUCCGCCAAUUGAGGAAGUAAUUCAAGCUGGUGUUGUUCCUCGUUUUGUUCAAUUUCUUGUGAGGGACGACUUUCCACAACUUCAGUUUGAGGCAGCAUGGGCUCUCACAAACAUUGCUUCUGGGACAUCUGAGCAUACCAAGGUGGUGAUUGAAUCUGGUGCAGUCCCAAUUUUUGUGAAACUUCUUGGUUCUCCUAGUGAUGAUGUGCGAGAGCAGGCUGUGUGGGCUCUAGGAAAUGUUGCUGGUGAUUCCCCAAAGUGCCGCGAUCUUGUUCUUAGCUGUGGAGCUCUAGUUCCCUUGCUAUCUCAGCUGAAUCCAAAUGCCAAGCUGUCUAUGUUGAGAAAUGCGACGUGGACACUUUCAAAUUUCUGCAGAGGCAAACCACAGCCUGCCUUUGAUCAGACAAGGCCCGCACUUCCAGCUCUUCAACAACUUAUUCAUUUAACCGAUGAAGAAGUUUUGACUGAUGCUUGUUGGGCGCUCUCAUAUCUCUCGGAUGGUACAAAUGAUAAAAUUCAAGCUGUUAUUGAUUCUGGAGUAUGCCCGCGUUUAAUUGAGUUAUUACUUCACCCGUCCCCAUCGGUUUUGAUUCCCGCGCUUCGGACAGUUGGAAAUAUUGUGACCGGAGAUGAUAUGCAAACUCAGUGUAUCAUCAACCAUCAGUCUUUGCCCCGUCUUUUGAACUUGUUGAAUGGUAAUCACAAGAAGAGUAUUAAGAAGGAAGCUUGCUGGACAAUUUCAAACAUCACAGCUGGCAACAGGGAGCAAAUUCAGUCUGUAAUUGAGGCUGGUAUUAUUGGUCCUCUUGUUAAUUUGCUACAAAAUGCUGAGUUUGAUAUAAAAAAGGAGGCUGCAUGGGCAAUCUCAAAUGCCACAUCUGGUGGUUCGCAUGAGCAGAUCAAGUACCUUGUUAGUCAAGGUUGUAUCAAACCUCUGUGUGAUCUUCUCAUUUGUCCUGACCCAAGGAUUGUCACAGUUUGUCUUGAAGGGCUUGAAAAUAUCUUGAAGGUUGGUGAAGCUGAGAAGAAUUUGGGCCGGACAGCGGAUGUAAAUCUUUAUGCGCAGCUGAUUGAUGAUGCAGAAGGUUUAGAAAAAAUUGAGAAUCUCCAAAGCCAUGACAAUCAAGAAAUUUAUGAAAAGGCAGUUAAGAUUCUUGAGACAUACUGGUUGGAGGAAGAUGACGAGACAAUGCCACCUGGUGAUGCACCCCAACAGGGUUUUCAGUUUGGAGAUGGCGAGGUCUCUGUGCCUUCUGGGGGAUUCAGCUUCAACUAAAGAGUCGCUUGAUGAAGCAGUAUAUGUGAUGGAAAACUGGCUCCAUCUGUUCCAAUUUGAAAGUUGUAAAAGUUGCAAGGCUGAAUUUAUUGUGAUGGUGGGAAGUAAUGCCAACGAGAAUCAGUUCAUCUUUUUACUUGUUGCAGUUAGCUUGAAUCAUGAAUUUGCUCUGGAGAUUUUUAGUUCUAUUCUUAUUCAUCUCCUUUUUCCUUUUGUUUUUUCCUCCUCUGCUUUCGCCGGUUGUAGUUUAUUAUUAUUUCACUAUUUUAUCUUCUGCUGGGAAUGUUGACGUUCCCAAGAACCUCUUUGUGCACAGUGCACGGCUUAAAAUGAUGGCUAAAGCUGUUCACUUUUUCUUGGUGCUGCAAUAUUGAUGUCUUGAAUCUUUGGCGUU